AUGACAAAUCUAUGCCAGAAAGUAGAAAAAAUAGAAACAGAAGUACAGAAUCUGAAAACUAAUAGUCAGCAGCAUGACUCUAAAAAUGCGGAGCUAGGUCAGCAGCAUGACCAAAAACAUGCGGAGCUACAAGGAGACGUUGGGAAACUCCGAAAAACCCAUAACAAUGUUUGUUCAAAUGCAGCUACAGCCAGCACAUCUACAGCAGGACAAUCUACAAAAAAGGAGGAGGCUAAGCCAGGAACUAAUCCAAAUCUAAUAGCAACUUGCUACAACUAUGGCUUGCUAAGCACAGUAUAUACAGUAAAAGGAGAUGAGAUAUCCAAGAUACUGGAACUAUAUAAAGCAUUUUUGCAAUAUAAGAGGAUAACUAAAGGCAGUCUUUUCUAUAUAAAGUUUUAUGCAGCUACAGCAGAAAUACUAUAUGACGAAGUCAAACCUACAAUCCAAGUUAUAAAAAUUGGAUUAACAAGGGAAAUGAUAAUCCCUGAGAAGAUAGAUACCCAGGAAGAGAUACAGAAAGUAGAUAUUCCGGAAUUCUAUGCAAACAAGAGAACUAUCGGAAUAGCUACCAUAUUAAACGAGAUAACAAAUAAUUAUUUAAACGAAAAUGCAAUAUGGACAUAUUACAACAGAGACCAGACAAUUAUCUAUUCAAACUGCAGAGAUAUAAGAGAAGCAGAUAUGGAAGAGUUAAGACAAUGGAUAUUAAGUCUACUUAGACCAGAAACUACACCCACAACAAGAGCUAUUCGGAAGAACUUCAUUUCCUCCAAUCUAAUGACAAGAUACUGUAAAUUGAUUGGGCAAAAAUAUCCGGAUCACCUAUGCUCAAAGUGUGAAGGAGAAGAAAAUUACAUACCAGAUGUACAAUUAGAAUAA